AUGUUCGCCACGAAAGCAGCACUGGUUGCUAGCUUGCUGGCUGGUGCAAGAGCAGCACCAUCGAUAAAUGUAGACCUGAGGGCAUCAUUCGGCGCACCGCCAUACCUAAUAGAACUACUAGAAACGGCAGCCGAAGAGAACGCGACUUCCUACUUUCCACUACUCGACCACAUCGCCGACGGGUACUUCGAUCCAGCCAAAACCGAUGAAGAGCUAUAUACACGAUUUCGAUUACUGUUGAAAGAGCAAAGGCAUCUGAAGGAUGAGGAUCUGUCGUCGUUCGACUACGCGUUGUCAAUACAUUCGGCAGCACCGCGAAUCGAAGCACACUUCCAAUACUACAACACAUCAAUCCAACCGCUUGCAACAACUCACCAAGGAAGUGACUGCGAGAGCUGGGUCCAUGUGCCAUUCAGUGGCCAAAGCUAUUGCUCGCCAGAGCUGGAAGAAUCGACAGCACGACCAUUCGGCAACGCAGCAGACGAGCUCCACGAACUGCCAUUCGACAGAGUUCUGGGGGACCCUUUAGGCCAGCGACCAUCGAUUGUAUACGCAGAUCUCGGCUCCAGCUCCUUUCGCAAAUUCCAUAAGACAUUGAGCAAGACAGCGAAGGAGGGCAAGACAUCCUAUCGGUUGAGAUACAGGACACCAGCAGAUGCAGAGCGCAAGCCUCUCACAGUCAGCGGAUAUGGUGUUGAGCUUGCACUCAAGCGGACGGACUACAUCGUCAUUGAUGAUCGCCAGGCGGAGGAUGGGGCCAAGGAGAGCGCGAACAGUGCAUCAGAUGCCUCGCUGAAUGAAGAAGAGGUAUCGGAUUUGAGGCCGCUGUCACAAUCGGAGCUGAAACGACUUGGUGUUAAAGCUGCUAGCUUUGUGAUGGGCAGCGAAAAGCCAUUGGAUACUCUUUUACGACUCUCACAGGACUUCCCAAAGCACUCCAGCUCGAUUGCGGCAACGAACAUCUCACACGAGUUUCUGCAGGAGCACAUUGGUAAUCGCGAUGUCAUCCUUCCUCCAGGCUACAACGUAAUGUGGAUCAAUGGUGUACAGAUGAUGCCCCGAGACAUCGAUGCCUACUCACUGCUCGAAUAUCUGCGGCGCGAACGGAAGAUGAUCAAUGGUGUACGCGGAAUCGGUCUGAGCGGGUCUGAAGCAGUCAACCUCCUCUCUCAUGAAGCGAUCACAGAAUCACAAGUCGAGCAGGAGGCUCAGCGCUAUGACUGGCGAGACGAGACUGAAGGCGGAGAUGUCAUCAUCUGGAUGAACGACAUCGAAAAGGAUAAGCGCUACGAGGAGUGGCCGGAGUAUGUUAGUGCCCUACUCCAGCGUACUUUCCCUGGUCAGCUGCCAUCCGUCCGCAAGGACUUGCAUAACCUUGUUGUGCCGGUCGAUUUCGCGGAGUAUACAGAUGCGCUCUUGGUCGCAGAGCAACUCCGCAGCUUUGUGUCGAGGAAAGUGCCCAUUCGCUUUGGUCUGGUUCCCUACAUUCGGUCUCCAGCAACGAUUGAACAAACGAAGAUCGUCUACUACUUGAUCGACAGAUACGGCUUAUCGGCAGCCCUGGAGUAUCUCGAGGACUCCCUCGAAAGUGCUGGUAAGAAGUAUGGCAAGCCAGACGACCAGCAAUUCCAAGCAGUGGUCGAGAGCAGGACCUUAAGGCCGAACAAGGAGAUCCUUAUACUCGAGGAGAUCUUCGACGAUGCAGAGCUACAAAGACGCGUUGCAGGCUCGCAGGCAUACAUCUCAAGGAUAGGCAGCAUUGAUCCAACGCCACCCGUUCUUGUCAACGGUGUGCCAGUCGCCCGUACCGAAGAUUGGUUCCAGACGAUGAGCCAGCGCGUUAGUCUCGACGUGCGCAUGGUGCAGCAAGCAGUCUAUGAAAUGAAAGUUACUGAUGAAGACUACUUGCCAAACCUAUUCCUGGAGAAUGCAAGCAUCAAACGGAAUCCGCUCGUAAUUCCAGAGGACGACAGCUCGGUUCGACAUCUCAACCUGGGAGAACUUUCUCAAUUCUCAGAACUACCGAGCCUCUCAGCCGAGAAAGACACCAUUGAGCGAGAGCUGGUUCACUUCACACUGGCUGCCGAUCUUGACAGUAAGGAAGGUUUCGAGCAGCUGAUGGAAGCCUUGCUUUUGCACCGCGAGCACGACAACUUGGAGUUAGCACUGCUACACAUUCCGCAGGGCGGCUCUGAGGGUAAGAGGAUUGGCUCUGGCUAUGACACGUCUUCCGGAGAGGCGUCGUUGCAGAGUCUGCUUGAGCAGUAUAAUACUCUUGCAGCCGAAGAUCGCUUCAAGCCGGAUGACAAAGAAGCCGACUUCUCGACUAGACAGAAGAUCUUCGCGGAGCUUUACCAGAGGUUAGCUACAGACAGCACGCCUGAUGUGGACGAACAUGCUCGCACCACAUGGGCACCGUUCAGAGAGAUUGUUUCCGCACUCGGCGUUGCACCUGGACAAAAGGCACUGAUAGUCAAUGGCAGGAUAGUUGGACCAAUGUCUGAUAGGCUCAGCCUUGAUGUAUCAGACCUGGAGGCACUCUACUCCUACGAAAGGAAGAAGCGCCUGUUGCCUGCCGCCAAAGCCAUCGAGGCGCUUGGGCUGGCGGAGAAAGCUUCGACGCCCUUGGCAUUUGCUCGCAUCUCCAACCUGAUUGCCCUGUCGCUUGUGUCAGACGUGCCCGAGGGCAUCUUCGAAGCUGCACCCACUGUGCGAACGGACGUCUUCAAGAAGUGGAACUCGACUCACACUGCCAUCCACCUCGGCGAUGAAAAGACUGCUACGAUUCAGCUCUACACUGCCGUUGAUCCUGCUUCUGAAGCUGCGCAGAGGUGGAUUCCGAUCAUCAAGGUACUGUCGGAGCUUGAAGGCGUCCACACGAAGAUCUUCCUGAACCCAAGGGAUAGAUUGGAAGAGAUUCCUAUCAAGCGUUUCUACAGACAGGUUCUCAGCUCCAAGCCUACCUUCGAGGCAGAUGGCUCGCUGCGAGGUAACGGUGCCCAGUUCAGUGGCUUGCCAGCUGAGGCGUUGCUCAACUUGGGCAUGGACUUGCCUCCUGCAUGGCUUGUCGCACCAAAGGAAACCAUCUACGACCCUGACAACAUCAAGCUGAGUCUCGUCAAGAGUGGGAACAUUGACGCUACAUACGAGCUCAGGAACAUCUUGAUCGAAGGACACUCGAGAGAUCCUACAGCUGGUGGCAUUCCGCCGCGUGGUGCCCAGCUUGUGCUUGGGACUGAACACGAUCAUCACUUCGCUGACACUAUCAUCAUGGCUAACCUUGGGUACUUCCAGUUCAAAGCGAACCCAGGACUCUACAAUCUCGCGCUGCAGAAAGGACGAAGUGAGAAGAUCUUCCACAUCGACAGUGCCGGUACGCGAGGACAUGCCGCAGCAUUAGGCGACAAUACCACAGAGAUUGCCUUGAUGAGUUUCCGGGGUGCAACAAUAUAUCCUCGGAUUUCGCGAAAGCCUGGUAUGGAUGAUGAGGACGUGCUUGAACCAGCGAAGUCUGCUCUGGAAAGCGUAGCGGAAGGAGCAGACAAGCUAUUGGCGCAGGUCGGCCUGAAGUCUCCACAAACCAGCAAGUAUCUCUUUAAGGCUGCCAAACUUGGCUCCGGCCUGCUCUCUGGCUCAAGCAAGACUGACAUCUCGGUAGACCAUCACGCUGACAUCAACAUCUUCUCGGUGGCUUCCGGUCACCUGUACGAGCGCAUGCUGAACAUCAUGAUGGUCUCCGUCAUGAAGCACACCAAACAUAGCGUCAAGUUCUGGUUCAUUGAGCAGUUUCUGUCACCAUCCUUCAAGGAUUUCUUGCCGACCAUGGCUGAAGAGUACGGCUUCAAGUACGAGAUGGUGACGUACAAGUGGCCACAUUGGCUGCGUGCUCAGAAGGAAAAGCAACGCGAAAUCUGGGGCUACAAGAUCCUAUUCCUGGAUGUACUGUUCCCUCUCGACUUGGACAAGGUCAUCUUCGUGGACGCCGACCAAAUCGUACGAACAGAUAUGUACGAGCUUGUGCAGCACGACCUCAAGGGCGCACCAUACGGCUUUACCCCAAUGUGUGACUCCAGGACCGAGAUGGAGGGUUUCAGGUUCUGGAAGCAAGGUUACUGGAAGAACUUUCUGAAGGGCCUUCCAUACCACAUCUCGGCCCUCUACGUGGUCGACCUGAAGAGGUUUCGACAGCUCGCAGCAGGAGACAGGCUGAGGCAGAACUAUCACCAGCUCUCAGCUGAUCCCAACAGCUUGAGCAACCUCGACCAGGAUCUACCGAAUCACAUGCAAUCACUGCUACCGAUCCACAGUCUUCCACAAGAGUGGCUGUGGUGCGAGACGUGGUGUUCAGACGAGAGCCUGAAAGAAGCAAAGACCAUCGAUCUUUGCAAUAACCCUCAGACGAAAGAACCGAAGCUCGACAGAGCACGGAGGCAGGUUCCCGAGUGGACGGAAUAUGAUAAUGAGAUUGCUGUUGUGGCCAAGCGGCACAAGGAGCAGCGCUCUGCGGAAAACAAGGCGCACGAAGCCGGCCUGCCGGACGUACACGAUGGUAAUCUGGAAGAAGAGAGUAUCCAGGAACGACUCCAGCGUGAAGAUGCGGAGCGGGAGCGCAAGAAGAAGGAGAAGGGGCAUGAUGAGCUGUAG